UGUCCAUUUUGUGAAAGCCGGUCAGCCGACUAAAGCUUCGUCCCCGUGUAAAGGAAGAUUCAAAGAAAAACAGAAAUUGGGCAGACCCGUCGAUCGCUAGCCAGUUAUUAUCCGAAAGCAAAGUCAAUCUUAUCGUAUGUCCGCUAUCCAGAACCUCCAAACUUUCGACCCAUUUGCUGAUGCAACUAAGGGUAAUGACAGACUCCCAUCUGGGACUGACGAUUACAUCCACAUAAGAAUCCAGCAGCGUAACGGGAGGAAGACUCUGACCACGGUCCAGGGCAUAGCCAUCGACUAUGAUAAGAAGAAGCUAGUCAAGGCCUUUAAGAAGAAAUUUGCCUGCAAUGGGACAGUGAUUGAGCACCCAGAGUAUGGGGAAGUGAUUCAGCUGCAAGGUGACCAGCGCAAGAAUAUCUGCACGUUUCUGAUUGAGAUUGGCCUGGCGAAAGAGGAGCAGCUCAAGGUCCACGGAUUCUAGAAGCUCUCAGCAGCCUCAUCUCCCCUGGUCCUGAUACACUACAUGGCCAAAAUUAUGUGGACACCCCUUCAAAUUAGUGGAUUCGGCUAUUUCGGCCACACCCAUUGCUGACCGGUGUAUAAAAUAGAGUACAUGCCAUCCAAUCUCCAUAGACAAACAUUGGCAGUAGAAUGGUCCGUACUGAAGAGCUCAGUGACUUUCAACGUGGCACCGUCAUAGGAUGCCACCUUUCCAACAAGUCAGUUCGUCAAAUCUCUGCCUUGCUAGAGCUACCCCGGUCAACUGUAAGUGCUGUUAUUGUGAAGUGGAAACGUCUAGGAGCAACAACGGCUCAGCCGAGAAGUGGUAGGCCGCACAAGCUCACAGAAGG